AUGAAGCCAAUCUGUCAUUUAGCUCUUCAGCGAUCACCGCCAUUGAGUGACUGCCACUCCUCCUUUUGCUCCCGCAUCUCAACCUUGACCUGGGCGGUGCAGUCGGCCACACUACAGCCCGUUCUCAUCCGAUCGCAUGGCGUGAAAAAUCACUCGCUUAUCUUCUUCUCGUCUGAGUUGAACCCGCGCCUGUCGUUUUCCUCCUUCCUCCACCGCCCGACUUCCACCCAUUUUACGCCGCAUAACGAACGAAACGGGAGCCCCGAACGAGCGCAGAAAGAGAGAUGGCGCGGACAAAACAACCGCCCGUGCGGCGCGAGUCGUCGUCCGAGUACUUUAACAAGCGGACCGCGUCGUGGGAGAUGUCCGCCAACGGCGCGGAGAGCACGAAGCUCGCGAAUGGGCAGUCGUCUCCCGCCGCUGCUGUCGCGCCGAGUCGAGCGCAGGCAUCACCGCCAACGCCAGCGGCGGCCGUCGUUAUCGCUACCAGGAGCGAGGCCGGCGUGCUGCAGCUGCUGUCUCUUAUACACAUCUAGAUGUGUAGAAGAGACAGCCCCUCCCCCCUUCCCCGUCCAGACUUUGUGUUGCGCGAAGGGUGUGUCGCUGACGUUUUUUCGCUCUAUCUCGCGCAGCUUGACGUGGGCGUACCUCCAGGAGAAGCUCACGACGACGCCGUACGGCCCCAGCGGCGAGAAGUGGCACUUCCCCGUCUUCCUCAACACGAUCCAGUCCGUCUUCGCGGCGACCGUCGGGUGCGUGUACCUGCUCCUGUCGACGCCGCGCGGGGCCGCCCUCCCGCCCGUCAUUCCGUCGCGCCGCAUCCUCGGCCCGCUCGCCCUCGUCGCCGUCACGUCGAGCCUCGCCAGCCCGUUCGGCUACGCGAGCCUCGCGCACAUCGACUACAUCACCUUCCUGCUCGCCAAGAGCUGCAAGCUGCUGCCCGUCAUGUUCCUCCACAUCACGCUCUUCCGCAAGAGGUACCCGCUGUACAAGUACCUCGUUGUCGCGGCCGUCACGGCCGGCGUGGCCGUCUUUACGCUGCAUUCGGGCCGCAAGCACAAGGCGUCGUCGGCGGCCAAGUCGGACGACUCCAACGUCGCGUGGGGGUUGCUGCUGCUGGGCAUCAACCUGCUGUUUGACGGUCUCACGAAUAGCACCCAGGACUACAUCUUUCAGACGUUCCGCCCGUAUAGCGGUCCGCAGAUGAUGUGCGCCAACAACAUGAUGAGCACGCUCGUCACGGGCCUGUACCUCCUCGCGAGCCCGUACCUCGUGUCGACGGGGCUGGGCGACUGGUUCGGCAUGGACGUCGCGGGCAGUGCGGGCGAGCUCGGCGCCGCGCUCGACUUCAUGCGGCGGUAUCCCUCCGUGUGGAAGGACGUCCUCGGCUUCGCGGCGUGCGGCGCCGUCGGCCAAGUCUUUAUCUUCUACACGCUCUCCACCUUCUCCUCCGUCCUGCUCGUCACCGUCACCGUCACCCGCAAGAUGUUCACCAUGAUCCUCUCCGUCGUCGCCUUCGGCCACCGCCUCACCCACAUGCAGUGGCUCGGCGUCGGGCUCGUCUUUGGCGGCAUCGGCGUCGAGGCCGGCAUCGCGCGCCAGGAGAAGAUUGCCAAGGAGGCCGCCGCCGCCAAAGCCAAGGCCAAUGCUGCAAAGAAGGACUCGUGA